AAUUCUUCUGUACAGUAUUCUAAAGGUGUUGAUCAAAGUAACGUGAUGUCGGGUGUAGCAUUUUAUCGUAAUAAUUACACUUGAGAACCCCUGUAAUACCAAUUGUUUUCCUUUAGCAAUGGAAUUCUUGUUGGUGUGUACGUAAAUAAAACGAGUUUGGUGUAAUUGAAUACAUUCUUAUCGUACACAAAAGUCAAACGGGCAAUCGAUCAAUCACUAGUUACACUUUAAUUAAUUUUUUAUAGGAUUUCUAUUGAUAUUACUUUAACUACUUGUACUUAGUUUACGUUUUCAAACGUCAAAAAAGUGAUUCCUUGUGCCGCCAAGCGCUAGACAUACCGUGUAUGAAAAUAGUUCACAGCCGUCAUCAUUUUAAUAGGCGGUGACCGUUGUAUUUGUAAAACCUAUCCAAAAAUAGUGAAUGCUCUUCAGUAUUAAUAUUUCUUGUAUACUAUUAUUUGUGAUCUUAAUAUUCUCUUCAAAACGCAUGUAGUGGUCGAUAUGAAAGAACUCAAUCGGACAUCAUCUACAAAAAAGAAAACUGUCAAUAACUCAAAUGGUAUGAUUAAAAAAGUUUCUUCAUUAUUCAGUGUAGAUACUCAAAUGAAUGGUAAUUCUAAACCUGAAUGGAUAAUAAAUGAUAUUACCUUAGAGAGAGGUGAUUCUGGCCUUGGUUUUAGUAUAGCUGGUGGUACAGAUAAUCCACAGAUUGAUGACGAUACCUCAAUAUUUAUUACAAAAAUCAUUCCUGGCGGUACAGCUUACAGGGAUGGGAGAUUAUGUGUGAAUGAUAUUAUUACCAAAGUUAAUGAUACUCCAGUUGUAGGUGUGCCACAUUCUACUGCAGUUAAUGCAUUAAAAAAAGCUGGACAAACAGUUACAUUAUGUGUUAAACGCAAGAAAAUUAUUUUACCCUCGGGAGCUAAUAUAAUGGAAAUUGAACUCAGUAAAGGAACUAAGGGAUUAGGUUUCAGUAUUGCUGGAGGAAUUGGUAAUCAACAUAUUCCUGGUGAUAAUGGAAUAUAUGUUACUCAAAUUAUGAAUGGUGGUGCAGCCCAAGUAGAUGGUAGACUAAUGGUGGGUGAUAAAUUAAUAGCAGUUAAAAACACUUUACUUGGAGAUCGUAUAUUAGAAAAUGUAACCCAUGAGGAAGCUGUUCGAACAUUAAAGAAUACUAGAGAAAAAGUUUUGCUAGUUGUUGAAAAGAUUGAAUCUAAUAAUUAUACUGAUUCUAUAUCAUACCCAAUAUCUGAAAUAAUUCAUAACUCUUACUCUACUGAUACUCUAAAUACUGUCAAAAGCUAUGAUAAUGUACUUAGCCAUGAUGAAAGAGUUGUAGUUUUGCACAAAAAUACUGGAGGUUUGGGUUUUAAUAUUGUUGGAGGUGAAGAUGGUGAAGGAAUAUUUAUAUCUCUUAUACUAGCUGGUGGACCAGCUGAUCAAACAGGACAGUUAAAACGAGGUGAUACUAUUUUAAAAGUAAAUGAUAUUGAUCUAACAAACGCAACACAUGAAGAAGCUGCUGAUGCUUUAAAAGGUGCAGGACAAACUGUUGUACUAACAGUUCAACAUAGACCCAAAGAUUAUAACAGGUUUGAAGCUAAAAUUCAUGAGUUAAAAUCUCAGCUAGCUGCUUCUACUGGGACUUUAAUACGUACUACCCAAAAAAAAACCUUAUAUGUUCGUGCUUUAUUUGAAUAUGAACCAUCUACUGAUGAUGGUCUUCCAAGUAUUGGACUACCAUUUAAAUAUGGUACAAUUUUGCAUGUUACUAAUGCAAGUGAUGAUGAGUGGUGGCAAGCACGUAAAGUACUUGCCACUGGUAGAGAAGAAGGCAUUGGUAUAAUUCCAUCAAAACGUCGUUGGGAACGUAAACAAAAAGCUAGAGAUAGAUCAGUAAAAUUUCGAGGAAAUGAAAGCAAAAGUCUUGACAGAUUAUCGACUUUAGAAAGAAAAAAAAGAUCAAUGACUUUUAGCAGACGUUUUCCUUGGGUUAGAAGAGGAAAAGAUGGUAAAUAUGAAAAUGGUUUGGAUGAUAUGGUUCUUCAGAGACAAUCAAGAGAAAAUAUUAGUGAUAAGAAUGAAGAAACUCCUUCAUAUGAAGCUGUGGUACGUCUACAAAUAACAUAUACAAGACCUGUUAUUAUACUUGGCCCUAUAAAAGAUAAAAUAAAUGAUGAUUUGAUUUCUGAAUAUCCUGAUCGCUUUAGCUCUUGUGUCCCACAUACAACACGAGAAAUCAGACCUGAUGAAGUAGAUGGCCGUGACUAUCAUUUUGUCAAGUCCCGUGAACAAAUGGAUUUAGAUAUACAAAAUCAUUUAUUUAUUGAGGCUGGUCAAUUUAAUGGUAAUUUAUAUGGUACUUCAGUAUCAUCAGUCCGACAUGUAGCUGAGUCAGGUAAACAUUGUAUAUUAGAUGUUAGUGGAAAUGCUAUCAAACGUCUUCAAGUUGCUGGCCUACAUCCUAUUGCAAUAUUUUUCAAACCAAAGAGUGUAGAAGCUCUUAUGGAAAUGUGUAAACGAAUGAGUGAAGCUGAAGCUAGAAAACAUGUAGAACGAGCUGUUAAAAUAGAACAAGAGUUUGGUGAUCAAUUUACAGCUGUUGUGCAAGGAGACACUUAUGAAGAAGUUUAUGAUAAUGUUAAAGAAACAAUUGAACAUCAUUCUAGUAGACAUAUUUGGGUUGCAUCAAAAGAAAAGUUGUAAAAAUUCUUUUUACAGUUUUUUUUUUUAUAAUAAUUGUAAUUUAGACAAAUUUAUAACAAAACAUUCAGUGGGUUAUUUUAUAAAUGAUUAUAUUUUCAUAAUAUUUGUUACACCACUGUAUUUGUUACGUUUUUGUUGUGUUAAUGAAUUUUAUUUAAGUCUACUUUCAAUUUUGUGGAAGGACUCAAUUAUGCAUUAAUAAAUUUUGAUUAGUAAGAUAAAUAAUCUAGAUUAAUUGUUCCAUAACUUUUUGUAUGAAGGAUAAAAUUAUCUAGUCUUUGCCGUACUUGUUCUAAUUUCUAUGCAGAAAUAAUUAUUUUUCAAUAAAUAGUUACAAUAUUAGCCGUGCCAAAGUUCCUUAAAUUAAAUCAUUAUUAAUUAUUUGUUUAAUAAUCAUUGUAAAAUGACUACAUAUUUCAUUUAAAGCUCAACAUACAUUAAUUUUUUUUUUAAAUAGUAUAAUAUAAUUUUAUUAUAUGAUUUAUCACAUUUUCUCAUUUAUUUAUUUUUGUUAUAUUAAUUGUGUGCUUAAUACUAGUGCCUUUUUAGUUAUUAAUUGUUUGAAUAUUUGAUUUAUUAAUAUUGACUAAUAAUUAUUAACAAAUAUAAAUUUAUUAAAUGUUAACUAAAUGUAUAUGUUUUGUUUAAUAUUUUAUAGUUAAUUAAUGCAUAAUCAUGCAAUUAUUCUAUAUCAUUAUUAUGUCCUAAUACUGUACUUA